AUGUUGCGAGCGACGCUGCCAUUGCGGCUGGCUGCAUCGCGCGCGAUGCACGCGCAGCCUAUGCGUCUUGCGAUUGUUGGGUCGGGCCCGAGUGGGUUCUAUGUAGCAAACAAGAUCCUCCAAGGGUUCGACGCGCAGAAAGGGACAGGGGACGACGGCGUAGAAGUGCAUAUGUACGAACGACUUCCUACACCAUACGGCCUUGUACGAUACGGCGUCGCGCCGGACCAUCCCGACGUCAAGAAUGUCGAGCACAAAUUUGACCAAGUCGCGCACGAUGCACGGUUCCGCUUUUUUGGAAAUGUGUGCGUCUCGGCGUCAGAUGCGGUGGAUACGGCCGGGUCGCUGGCAUCUUUCAUUCCUUUACGCGACCUAGUGCCCUACUAUACUCAAAUCGUCUUUGCCUAUGGUGCGAUGGAGUCGCGCCCGCUCGGAAUUCCAGGGAGUAGGCCAAAAGAGCUGCGGAAUUACUUCUGCGCAUUGGAUUUCGUGGAGUGGUACAAUGGACACCCCGAUGCACACGAUCCUGCAAAGCAGGAUGCGUACAGCAUGAGCAGCAUUAACGGCGAACACAUCCGCCGUGUCGCAGUUGUCGGCGCAGGGAAUGUGGCUUUAGACGUGGCGCGCAUGAUAUUGCGUCAGUGCGCCGCGGCGCCGAAAGACGACACCAUGGCGCAUACGGACGUGCCCGAGCCAGUCCUACACAAGCUCAAAUCGUUCCAGGUGGAAGAGGUGAACUUGUACGUGCGCCGCGGCGCUGCACAACUCGCAUUUACCAACAAAGAGUUGCGCGAGAUGCUUGCAUUGACGCACGUCCCUUUUCGUCCUUUGGCGGCGGGUGUUUUGGACGAGGCAUUUGCGCAAACCAGCGCGGUGGUCGAAAUGGGCCAGCGACGCACCAUGACACGAUUGUUGAAGCAGCUGCAAAAGGGAAGCGCAGUACCAUACAACGAGUCGCACACUCCGCGCUGGGGCCUCCAUUUGCUACGUUCCCCGGCCGCGUUUCUUGGCGAUGCAUCCACUCCACCGGCUGUGCACACCGCCGAAUGGCACAUUACACAGCUUGCGAAGGGCGCAAAAGCGGCAGAGAGCGGCGAUACUGUGAAAAGUAGGGAGGAUUUAAUCAUUUCCAGUGUGGGCUACCGCAGUAGUGCGCUACCUGGAGCAGAGAACGGUGCGAUGCAGGUCCCUUUUGAUUUCCAGCGGUUCGUCAUCCCUAGUGUGCGGAACCGCGUGGUGGACAUGCAGGGCGAGGCAGUGCCGGGCAUGUAUGCUGCUGGUUGGAUUACGUCCGGGCCAGUCGGCGUGAUUGCAUCGACGAUGGUGGAUGCGUACAGUGCCGCAGACGAAAUACUGCGCGCAUGGAAAGAGGCCAUAUACACGGGCAACACCAGCGAUACGCUGUGCGCCGCUGCCGGCUUCCCCGAGCCGGAUCGUGCGAUCCCAGAAGCAGUACAAAACGCGUCGCAACCAGUGGUCAGCUACGAAGGUUGGAAAAAGAUUGACGCGGCGGAGCAGGCGCGUGGAAAACCGCUGCGAAAGCUGCGCGAAAAGUUUUUGACAGUGCGCGAGAUGCUCGAGAUUGUUCAAUAG